GGAGGGGACCCCUGCACAUCACUGAGUGAGUGAGUGUGUAUGGAUGGCGUGGGCUUCUCUCCUCCAAACCGCGCAGCAUCAUCACCACCACUCGGUUUCACAGUAACGUACGCAUCAUCAUCCUCAUCCUCCUCCUCAUCCUGCUCGUCAAGCUUCUCCGGGCUGAAGGGAGAGAGGGAGCACACAUCGCAGGAAUAAAGACAUAAGGAGAGCCUGUUGUUGUUGAACCAGGGGUGAACACUUCUUAGAGGUGCAUCCUGAACAAACUGAAGCCUCAGCACGUUCAGGUGGCCUCUCCACUACAUCUUUGACCACUUUUGCAUCUUCAAAACCUCUUUAAAAUGGAGGACCAAGGUUACCAAAACCGGACUGCAUUCAUAAAAGGUGCCAAAGACAUUGCUAAAGAAGUCAAGCGCCAAGCAUCUAAGAAGGUCGGCCGCUCAGUGGAUAGGAUGACCGAUGAGUACAGCAAGCGCUCCUACAGCCGCUUUGAAGAGGACGAUGAUGAUGACUACCCCAUGCAGGGAAGCCAGGAUGGAGGCUACUACCGUGGAGACAGCCAGGCAGCCAACGAUGAUGAAGGCGGUCACAGUGACUCCACAGAAGGUCACGAUGAGGAUGAUGAAAUCUAUGAGGGAGAGUACCAAGGAAUCCCCAGAGCUGACUCAGGCAAAGGCAGCUUGGCUGGUGGCCCGGGCUCGGUGAAAGCUGGUGCUCAGCAGUUCAGAGAUAUCGGAGUGUCUGAGGCAGAGAGGAGGAAGGACCAGGAAGAACUGGCUCAACAGUACGAGACGAUUUUACAAGAAUGCGGUCACGGGAAGUUCCAGUGGACCCUGUACUUUGUGCUGGGACUGGCUCUGAUGGCAGAUGGUGUGGAGAUCUUCGUGGUCGGGUUUGUCCUGCCCAGCGCUGAGAAGGACAUGUGCCUGUCUGAACCUAACAAAAGCAUGCUAGGUCUGAUUGUAUAUUUUGGGAUGAUGGUUGGGGCUUUCCUCUGGGGCGCUCUGGCUGACCGGAUAGGCCGUCGGCAGUCUCUUCUCAUCUCUCUCUCCAUCAAUAGCAUCUUUUCCUUCUUCUCCUCCUUCGUCCAGGGCUAUAGCACCUUUCUGUUUUGCCGGCUCCUCUCAGGUGUUGGGAUUGGUGGCUCAAUUCCAAUCGUGUUUUCCUACUAUUCUGAAUUUCUGGCCCAAGAGAAGCGUGGUGAGCACCUCAGCUGGCUCUGCAUGUUCUGGAUGAUUGGGGGGAUAUACGCCUCUGCCAUGGCCUGGGCCAUAAUCCCACAUUAUGGAUGGAGUUUCCAGAUGGGCUCUGCAUAUCAGUUCCACAGCUGGCGUGUGUUUGUGUUAGUGUGCGCAUUUCCAUGUGUUGCUGCCAUCGCUGCCCUCAGUGCCAUGCCUGAGAGCCCACGCUUCUACCUGGAGAACGGCAAACAUGAUGAAGGCUGGAUGAUUCUGAAGCAAGUUCACGACACUAACAUGAGAGCAAAGGGAUACCCAGAGAGGGUGUUUUCUGUCACCACAAUUAAAACGGUGAAGCAGAUGGAUGAGUUAGUCGACAUUGGCACUGAUACUCCAGUCUGGCAGCGCUACAGACUGAAGAUUAUGAGCCUCUCCCAACAGAUACGGAACAACAUUCUCGCCUGCUUCAGCCCAGAGUAUAAACGGACAACUUUCAUGCUCAUGGCUGUUUGGUUCACCAUGUCUUUCAGCUACUACGGUCUGACGGUGUGGUUCCCUGACAUGAUCAAGUACAUCCAGAAGCAGGAAUAUGAGUCACGCACAAAGACCUUCAGUAAGGAACGAGUGGAGCAUGUCACUUUUAACUUUACCCUGGAAAACCAAGUGCAUCGCCAAGGACACUACUUCAAUGACAAGUUCCUCAACCUGAAGAUGAAGUCCAUGGUGUUUGAAGACUCUGUGUUUGAGGAGUGCUACUUCGAGGACAUCACCUCUACACACACCUUCUUCAGAAACUGCACUUUCAUUGCAAGUUUGUUCUAUAACACAGAUUUGUUCAAAUACCGGUUUGUUGACUGUAAACUGGUCAACAGCACGUUCCUCCACAACAAGGAGGGCUGCAUACUCGACUUCAGUGACGACUUCAACAAUGCCUACAUGAUAUACUUUGUUAACUUCCUCGGCACGUUGGCUGUGUUGCCCGGCAACAUCGUGUCGGCUCUAUUAAUGGACAAAAUUGGACGUUUAAGGAUGCUGGCGGGGUCCAGUGUUAUAUCUUGUGUCAGCUGUUUCUUCCUGAUGUUCGGCAACAGUGAGUCAGGGAUGAUCGCCCUUUUGUGCCUGUUUGGUGGCAUCAGCAUUGCCUCGUGGAACGCCCUGGACGUGAUAACAGUGGAGCUCUAUCCCUCAGAUAAAAGGACCACAGCGUUUGGCUUCCUGAACGCCCUCUGUAAGCUGGCGGCCGUCCUUGGCAUCAGCAUCUUCCAGUCCUUUGUUGGCAUCACCAAGGCCGUCCCCAUCAUAUUCGCUGCUGGUGCGCUCGCUGCAGGUAGUUUCCUUGCAACAAAGUUGCCUGAAACACGAGGCCAAGUGUUGCAGUAAAACCAAUGACCAGCAGUGGGCAGCAGAGUACAGCUGGAGUGUGUGUUUGACAACUAGAGCCCGAACAUCCCUGAGAGCUUCAGCACUGCCCGUCACACACCAACAGAACAGACUGCCAUCCCCAUUGUAAGCCCAGAAUCCUUUGAAACAUGGAUAGCAUCAUUCAAAGUCACAGUGAUUAAGAGAAAAGCACACAGAUGCAGAAACAAAAACCUGUGUUAUUCUAACUUCAUCUUGACGAUAACACUUUCAGCUGCACUGUCAGGUUCUAAAAACAUCAGAUCUUUUUUAAAAGUGGGUGACGCAGUAUAAAACGUGGUGUGCAGUCAGGAUAAAAUGUUCAUUUCUGGCCCACAGAUUUACAAUAUCAAUAGAGAAGACAGAGAAGUCAAAUGAAGAGAUCACACUAAAAAAAAGCCAUUUGGGGGGGACGUGAGAAGGUUUAGUCUCUGUGUGUGGUUGAUUCUUAAAAUAUGAUUGCAGUGUCCUUCUUUCUUGUCUGUCCUCGACCUCAGUGACUGGCUUCUGCUGCUUUUUAAUUUGCUUUUGUGCUAUAGUUCACUUCACAUUUCCACUCCGACUGAUUCUUCUGCUUGAUAAGUUAUAUUCUUUGAAAGUUCAGGGUGAAUACAUUUUACUCUAAAAGCACCCAAGCCCCUAGUUCACUGCCUAUGACUGCCAGACCUGCUGAGAGCUCCUUUUUUUCUACCAAAUAAUACGAAGACAUUCCAGUGAGGCUUGAUUUAUUCAGAAGCUGAGAAUUAAAUGUUCCUUUGUCCCUGCAUAAAUCCAGUCUGCUCCUCUAAUUACAGCCUCAAAAACACAGACAGGUGAAGGAAGAUGCAUUUCACAGGAUUCUCUGCUCUAAAUGGGACUAGUUUGAUCCAGCUCCUCGGUGUUCAGUGUUACACUAAUGUUUUUCCCUCCCUGUUGUUGAACCAUACAGCUGCGGCAGUGUGAUGAUGUUCAUGCCUGCAACACAGGAACAUCUGUGGGACGGAUUUUGGUCAAGUGCUAAAUGUGAGAGUAGAUAUGUUGGUGUAACAUUUGCCUAAAUUAGUCGUAUGAGUGGGAUUGCAUGUUUGUAUCUUUGUUACGUGAGAUGAGAGAGAAAGUGUCUGAUUUAUUUGUUUAAACUCCGUCAUUUCAUGCGAAUCAGUGCAGCCACGUGGACCACAUUUUACUGAGCAGAUUAUUUUAGGCUUAUUUAGAAAUAAUUCUAUUAGAACUCAUGCAGUAGCUCAGGUGUGGUGAAAUGUUUGGACCACGUUUACAGCUGGUGUUAUGUUUUAGCUCCACUGAACACCAAAUUAUUGUACAUGUAGGUUAAUUUUCUGAUAUUUCCAUCUCCAUCCCAUGUGCAUAGCUGCAGUUAUUAGCCUUAAUAUAAAAACAAGACACAAAACAAGUACAACAGCUAGUUGUUGCAGAGAUUAGAACCACAUUCACUGUAUUUCUUAGCAGUUUUCCUCAGUGUUCAUAGAGAACGAAAGCUCAAAUUAACUUAUUUUUUGGUUUGUCAGGCUCAAAGCAUACAAUCAAUGCAGUAUCCUUUUCUUAAAUUUGUGUUAAUGCCUCUUAAAGGUCAUUAUGUGACUUCAUUAUACUCAUAAGCACAAAUUAAACAGGACCAAAAGAAGAAUCGGUAAGAAAAGAGUCCUAUUGAUCUGGCAGUGCGGCACAAAAGGAAAUCUGAGAAAUCACUUUUCUAAUUUCAUUUUAAGGGCUCCUGUUCCUGUCAUUCCUAUACUGCAUCCACUGUGUUCCUGUAUGAUACCUCUUAACAUAGCCUGUAAGGAUAACUCAAGUACACAGAAAUAAGACUUUGACCUAAAUUGGACACAAUCACUCUACAGUGGAUUGUAAAUUGAGUACUAUUAUUUAUACAUAUCACUACUUCGGUAUCAUUUCUCCAAAGGUGUACAUCAAUAUGUGUGCUGACAAUCAGUGAGUGAGUACAUGGGUGUUGCUGCUGCCCGGUAGAGUAUGUUAUUUGACCUAAAGACGUCCUCUGGAUUGUGUGUGUGUGUGUGUGUGUGUGUUCAAGGGUGUUGUCCUUUGAGAGUAGAAUGACAAUGUAACAAAAAAAAACUCAAAAAACACACACUUCAGAAGAAAACGGAUCAUCUUUGCUGUAGGAGUUUGUAUGUGAGCGUAUCUGUGUGUGUGGGUAUGUAUGUGUGUACACAUGAGAGAGACUUCAAAAGAAUAAUUAGACACUAUGAUGAGACAGACAAGAAGAUUGACGCCACUCUCAUGUCUGUGUGUUAAGUAUGGAGUUGGAGCAAGGAGGUGAUAAGCUUAGCUUAGCAUACAUACUGGAAACAGGGGGAAACAGCUAGCCUGGCUCUGUUUAACAAAAUC